CUCUCCCUGUCUUUUUCUUGUCUUCCACCAGCUUCUUUACAGACCAAGAACAAUCAGAAUAGGCUGGACCAGGGGCGGACUGACAACUCAUGGGGCCCCUGGGCAAUAGGGGAUCAUGGGGCCCCUGUGUCCUUGCCCAAACUCAAAAAAGCCUAUGAAAAAGGUACUAGGGGCAUCUCAUGGGGCCCCCUAUUGACCCCGGGCCCUCGGGCAGUGCCCGAGUUUCCAAAUGGUCAGUCCGCCCCU